GGACAUUUACAUUUAACAUGGUUUUAGUUCAAGACUUGCUACACCCAAGCGCGGCUUCCGAGGCCAAGAAGCACAAGCUCAAGACUCUCGUGCAAGAGCCAAGAUCAUUUUUCAUGGACGUGAAGUGUCCAGGAUGCUUGCAAAUCACCACUGUUUUCUCCCACGCCCAAACUGCCGUCACUUGCGAUUCCUGCACCACUGUGUUGUGCACGCCAACUGGAGGUAAGGCCAAGCUGUCUGAGGGAUGCGCAUUCAGAAGAAAGUAAACACAAAGGGGAAGAAUACCAGCAUAGACGAGGGUGUGUAUUAUAGUGAAACACCAUACCAAUUUUAGUACUGUUGAGAGACAGUUAGAAAAUGCUAAUCAGUAUACGUAUGUGACGUAUGUAUUUGAUAAUUA